GUGCGACUAGUUUGGAACAGCUAACAGUGGAAAAUGUCUCAGUACUCAGGAAAGAUCGUGUUCUAUGAGGGAAAAUGUUUCACUGGGAGGAAACUGGAGAUCUGCAGCGACUGUGACAACUUCCAGGACCGUGGCUUCAUGAACAGGGUAAACUCUGUCCGUGUGGAGAGCGGGGCCUACAUCUGCUUUGACCACCCAGACUUCAAGGGCCAACAGUACAUUCUGGAGCAUGGAGAGUACCCCGAAUUCCAGCGCUGGAAUGCCCAUAACGAUCACAUGGGCUCCUGCAGGCCAAUCAGGAUGCAUGGAGAGCACUACAGGAUGGAGCUGUUCGAGGGAGACAAAUUCUCAGGCCAGUGUGUGGAGCUGUGCGACGACUGUCCGUUCCUGCAAGCACGAGGCCUGACCAAGAGCUGCAUCAACUCCAUCAAGGUUUAUGGAGAUGGAGCCUGGGUGCUGUAUGACGAGCCUAACUACCGCGGCCGCAUGUACAUCGUGGAGAGAGGAAACUACUGCACCCACGUGGAGUGGCAGGCGGAGAACCCCAACAUCCAGUCUAUUCGCAGGGUGGCAAACUAUUUCUAAACCAUCUCACUGUCACAGGCAAUGUGCCAGCAGAGAUGAAGUCAUCCACCGAGGAACAACACACCACACUGUCAAGUCAUCUGACGCUGACUCUGUGGGGCUAUAACAUAAUAAAAGAUAAAGCACAUGUUUCACAAUGCUUGUUGUUUUAUUUUUGUAUGGAAUACUUCAAAAGGCUGAAAUAAAGUAGUGAUCCUA